GCGUGCAGGGGAGACCCUCGGAUGACCAGAGAGAACUCCCGGUGCGUAAUGCUGCCGUUUCCUGUUUUCUAGCGCUGACAGCUGCAGGUAUAUAAAGCUGCUCGGCGGAGAGAGAGGAACCGGAGAGAAGCUGCGACAUGCCGGUGACCGGAGUAGGAGUGCACCAAGCUGAAGGCACCUCAUCAGCAUCACCCACAGAGGGAAAACAUGCAAACAUGAACUCCCAGCCUGACCAUUGCCACCAGCAGCACGCUGGUAACGGGUGCAACCACCAGGGUCCAAACCAGAACCACAAAUCACAGCAUGUAGGUGAACCUGAGGCGCAGGCCCUGCCCAUGCCGGUCCCAGACCCCCCAAUACAAUACACAAAGUUGUUCAUCAGUAACGAGUGGCAUGAGUCAUGCAGCGGCAGAAAGAUUCCUGUGUAUAAUCCCGCCACAGGAGAGCUGCUGUGUGAAGUGGAGGAGGCUGAUGCAGAAGAUGUGGACAAGGCAGUGAGGAGUGCCCGAGCCACCUUCCAGGUGGGGUCACCAUGGCGAUCCAUGAACGCCUCAGACCGAGGUCAUCUACUUAGUAGACUUGCUGACUUAGUGGAGAGAGAUCGGCUGCUACUGGCAACCCUAGAGGCCCUGGACUCUGGCAAAGUGUUCCUCAUGGCAUAUUUUGUAGAUCUGAUGGCCACAAUCAAAACCUUUAGAUAUUAUGGUGGCUGGGCUGACAAGAUUCACGGCAAAACCAUCCCAGUAGAUGGAGAGUACUUUACUUACACACGACAUGAGCCCAUUGGAGUCUGUGGACAGAUUAUUCCUUGGAACUUCCCGUUGAUGAUGUUUGCGUGGAAGAUUGCGCCUGCUCUGUGCUGUGGGAACACUGUAGUCAUCAAACCUGCUGAACAGACCCCAUUAUCAGCGCUGCACAUGGCCGCGCUCAUAAAAGAGGCCGGGUUUCCCCCAGGUGUGGUGAAUGUGGUGCCAGGUUAUGGUCAGACAGCAGGCUGUGCCAUUUCCCACCACAUGGACAUAGACAAAAUAGCCUUCACUGGAUCUACUGCUGUUGGGAAACUCAUCCAGAAGGCUGCAGGGGACAGCAAUCUGAAAAGAGUUACACUAGAACUUGGCGGCAAAAAUCCAAAUAUUGUCUUUGCAGACUGUGACUUAGAGUACGCAGUGGAGCAGGCCCACAGUGGUCUGUUCUUUAACCAGGGCCAGUGCUGUCUGGCUGGAUCCAGGGUGUUUGUGGAGGAACCGAUCUAUGAGGAAUUUGUCCGUCGCAGUGUAGAGAGAGCCAGAUCCAAAGUCCUGGGAGACCCACUGCUGCCAGGGGUGGAUCAAGGGCCACAGAUUGACCACAAGCAGUUUGAUAAGAUAAUGGAGCUGAUAGAGAGUGGGAAGAGGGAGGGAGCCACGCUGGAAUGUGGGGGGUCCCCAUGGGGUCAGCAGGGACUUUUCAUCCAACCCACCGUCUUCUCAAAUGUCACAGACGAUAUGCGUAUCGCCAAAGAAGAGAUUUUUGGUCCAGUGCAGCAGAUCAUGUGUUUCCGUAGCAUCCACGAAGUCAUCCAGAGAGCCAACGCCACACACUACGGCCUGGCAGCAGGAGUGUUUACCAACGACAUUGACAAAGCCCUGACAGUCUCCUCUGCUCUGCAGGCUGGCAUGGUGUGGGUGAACUGCUACAAUGCCAUGAGCGCUCAGUGUCCAUUUGGUGGCUUCAAGAUGUCUGGCAAUGGGAGGGAACUGGGAGAAUAUGCUCUUCAGGAGUACACAGAGGUCAAGGCAGUCACCAUCAAAAUCUCACAGAAGAACUCAUAACACCGUGAUAUCACAGGAAUGACUUUUUCCUGCCUUUUAAAUUCUCUGCCACCCUAUGGCUUCAGAUCCUCUACAGACGUUUUGUAAUAAUCAAAUGACACCGGGAUGUUUUUGAAGGCAUCGUCGAUUCUGUGUCACUUUAUGUACGUUCAUUUCUGCUGAGAUAGUCACUAUUUUUUCAAUACCCUGUCAGUGUUACGUCUCUGUUGCUUGUUAUUACUGUGACAAUGUAGACUUCUGUGUUCCCCCAGUGUACUAUCUCAGAUGUUUUACUUUAACAGUUUAGCGAUCAGUACGUUCUCUAUAGCAGUGUCUCUUUUGUGUUUGUUAGUUUAGAGAGCCUGUUUUUUUGUUCAGACUUAAUAACUUCAAUAGCACUUUGCCAGAGAUGAAAUAUUUUAAUUGGUGUCAUACAAAAAAAUAGACAAAAGACAUUUUACAAACUAUUUACAGGGAUUUCAAAAUGAAAUCAAUAAAAGUUUUGACCUAUAUCGAUAACCACUAAACAUUAUCUGAUUUCAGUGCACUUAACAUGAACAUGUCCAUUUCUUGCUAUAUGUCUGUAUUACAACAAGGUACAGUGCCAUGGUGUUUGUUGAUAUUUUUGCUGUGGUAAUUCUAGUCAUUUCUGCGUCUUUACUUUACACUGCAGUAAUCAUAGACUUUUUCUGUGGUUAAUCAUAAUUAAUGCAUGUUUAAAAUACUAGCUACAACACUUUUCAGUUAUGCAGUAGAAAAAAAAACUAUAAUAAUGUAAUAAAUGAUUGAUGAAAAUGA